AUGAAUUGGCACCAGAGCACGGCCAUUCAGCUGAGCGGGCUGCUGGUCUCCCUCUUUGGUUGGGUCUUGUCCUGCGUUACGACUUACGUGCCUCUCUGGAAGAGCCUCAACUUGGAGUUGAAUGACCUUGAAAUCUGGAACAUGGGGCUUUGGCAGACCUGUGUCAGCCAAGUGGUCAUGCAGUGUGAAAACUAUGCUUCCCUCCUGGCCCUGCCGUUGGAGAUCAAGAUCUCCAGGGUUCUGAUGGUGACUUCCAACGGACUGGGCUUCCUGGCUUUCUCCUUGGCUCUUCUGGGAUCGGACUGCCUGAAGACGAACGACCCAAGACAGAGGGGGCCCUUGGGGAUUACGGGCGGCAUCCUAUUCUGCCUUUCCGGACUGACAACUCUGGUUCCCGUCUCCUGGGUUGCCUACAACACGGUGCAGGAUUUUUGGGACCAAACCAUACCCGACGUUGUCCCGAGGUGGGAAUUCGGUGAAGCCCUUUUCCUGGGCUGGUUUGCUGCCUUUUUCCUCUUGUUGGGGGGCUGCCUGGUAAUCGCUGCUGCCUGUUUCCUAAAGACCCCGAAGGCAUCCAAGAGGCCGGCAAUCUGCCACAAAGCGGAAGUAGACACACUUGCCAUCCAGCGUCCCCAGCCACCCCCUAAAAAUGCAGACCUUGUCAUCUGA